AUUUCUUUUCCGUGCCGGUAUAUAAGCUCCUUUCAAGUCACUAAGAAGGCACAGUUUCUUCUCAACCAUCAACGCAUCAACAUGAAGGUUUUCGUUCUCUCUGCAUUGAUCGUCGUUGUAGCUUCCCAGGGUUACCCGAAGCCACAAUACCCUACUCCGGCAUAUCCUGCUCCGGCAUACCCUACGCCAGCCUACAAAGCUCCAGCCUACCCCGCACCAGCCUAUUCUUCACCAGCCUACGCAAAAACUCAGGAAUAUGCCCCUAUGCCAUACAGCUUCAACUGGGCCGUUAAGGACGAUCCUUCCUACAACGAUUACGCUCACCAAGAGACCGCUGAUGACAAGGGAUACGUGACCGGUUCUUACCGCACUCUUCUUCCUGAUGGCCGCACUCAAAUCGUAAAUUACAAAGCCGAUGACUACACCGGUUAUGUAGCUGACGUCAAAUACGACGGAGAGGCAAAGGAAUACAAGCCAGCUUACAAACCCGCUGGUUAUCCAAGCCCAGCUUACCCUAGCCCUUCUUACCCUAGCCCAGCUUACCCUAGUCCAGCUUACCCAAGUACUGCUUAUUCUGCUCCUAAAUAUCAAAACCCUUCAUAUCCUAGCCCAGCCUACCCAUCACCAAAAUACCCAACCAAAUAUUAGACGUGCCAGGUUAAUAAGAAGUCAACUGUAAACUAAAAUGUUUUGAACUGAAAUACAUUAUGUCUUGAUGAGAAAGUAAA